AUGGUGGUGCAUGUGCUGUUCCAGUGGAUUCUGAGAGGGCUUAUUCUGACUUUUCUGCUCACAACUACUCUGUCCCUAAAUCCAGAUGAUCCAAAUGUUUGUAGUCACUGGGAAAGCUACGCCGUGACCGUGCAGGAAUCUUACGCUCAUCCCUUUGACCAGAUCUAUUACACACGAUGCACAGACAUCCUCAACUGGUUCAAGUGCACCAGGCACAGGAUCAGCUACAAGACCGCCUAUCGCAGGGGGCUGCGCACGAUGUACCGGCGACGCUCCCAGUGCUGCCCCGGCUACUACGAGAGCGGGGACUACUGCAUACCACUGUGCACAGAGGAGUGUGUGCAUGGAAGAUGUGUCUCUCCUGACACGUGUCACUGUGAACCAGGCUGGGGAGGGACUGAUUGCUCAAGUGGCUGCGACAGCGAACACUGGGGUCCCCACUGCAGCAACCGGUGCCAGUGCCAGAACGAAGCGCUCUGUAACCCCAUCACGGGAGCCUGCGUGUGCGCCGACGGCUUCCGCGGCUGGCGCUGCGAGGAGCUCUGCGAGCCGGGCACCUACGGCAAGGGCUGCCACUUCCAGUGCCAGUGCCACCACGGGGCCACCUGCGACCACCAGACGGGCGAGUGCCACUGCGCGCCCGGAUACACCGGAGUGUUCUGUGAGGAGCAGUGUCCCCCUGGCAGCCACGGAGCCCAGUGCGAGCUGCGCUGCCCCUGCCAGAACGGGGGAGUUUGUCACCACAUCACUGGGGAGUGCUCCUGUCCUGCUGGAUGGAUGGGGCUGGUGUGUGCACAGCCGUGUCCUGCUGGGACCUUUGGAAUUAACUGCAGCCAGGAUUGUCCAUGCCACAACGGAGGACACUGUGACCCCGUGACAGGAAAAUGCCUGUGUGCAGCUGGCUAUAUAGGAGACAGGUGUCAGGAGGAGUGUCCCAUCGGCACCUACGGCUUCCAGUGCACACAAACCUGCGACUGCCAGAACGGGGCCAAGUGCUACCACGUCAACGGAGCCUGCAUCUGUGACCCCGGCUUCAAAGGCAUCCACUGCCAGGAAAGAAUGUGUCCUGAAGGGUUUUAUGGCCUCAAAUGCAACAAGAGAUGCCCUUGCAAUAUUACCAACACCCUCAGUUGCCAUCCUCUGUCUGGGGAGUGCAGCUGCAAGGCUGGCUGGGCCGGGCUCUACUGCAACGAGACGUGUCCCGUGGGUUAUUACAGCGAGGGCUGCCGGGUGCCCUGUCCCUGCCACAACGGGGCCGACUGUGACAGCAUCACCGGGAGCUGCAUCUGCGCCCCAGGCUUCAUGGGAGAUGACUGCACCAUUCCCUGCAUGGCUGGAACCUACGGAACCAAUUGCUCGUCGGUUUGUAACUGCAAGAACGAUGGAACUUGUUCCCCUGUGGAUGGGCUGUGCUACUGCAAAGAAGGGUGGCAAGGAGUGGAUUGCUCUAUUCCAUGUUCAAGUGGAAGUUGGGGUCUGAACUGUAACCAGACGUGUUCCUGCAGCAAUGGAGCGUCCUGCAGGCCGGCUGAUGGCUUCUGCCUCUGCUCCCCAGGAUGGCAGGGGGAGUUCUGUGACCAGCCUUGUCCUGAUGGAACAUAUGGCCUUAAUUGCAGUGAGCGUUGUGACUGUAACCACGCGGAUGGGUGUGAUCCUGUCACUGGCUACUGCUGCUGCCUUGCAGGCUGGACAGGCAUCCACUGUGACAACAUCUGCACCCAGGGCCGCUGGGGACCCAACUGCUCCAUCUCCUGCAGCUGUGAGAAUGGGGGAUCCUGCUCCCCUGAGGAUGGAACCUGUGACUGUGCACCGGGAUACAGAGGACCCUUGUGCCAGAGAAUUUGCCCCCCUGGGUUUUAUGGCCACCACUGCAGCCAGCCGUGUCCCCAGUGCGUGCACAGCAGCGGUCCCUGUCACCACGUGUCCGGACACUGCGACUGCCUGCCAGGCUUCUCCGGCCCUCUCUGCAACCAAGUGUGUCCCAGUGGGAAGUUUGGGAAGGGCUGUGCCGAGGUUUGCCAGUGCACCGAGAACGGGACCUGCAAUCCCAUUGAUGGAUCGUGCCAGUGCUUCCCGGGCUGGAUAGGGAUGGACUGCUCCCAGACUUGUCCCACUGGGUUUUGGGGCCCUGAUUGCUUUCAUUCAUGCAACUGCCACAACGGAGCACUGUGCAGCCCCUACGAUGGAGAAUGUAGAUGUACCCAUGGUUGGACGGGGCUCUACUGCACUCAGCGUUGCCCAGCUGCUUUUUAUGGAAAGAACUGUGCCAAUGUUUGCCAGUGCCAGAACGGAGCCGACUGUGACCACAUCACUGGGCAGUGCACGUGCAGAACAGGAUUUACAGGCAAACAGUGUGAGCAGAAGUGCUCUCCAGGAACAUUUGGUUAUGGUUGCAAACAACUGUGUGAGUGCAUGAACAAUGCAACGUGUGACCACGUCACAGGCACUUGCUACUGCAGUCCAGGCUUCAAAGGAAUCCGAUGUGAUCAAGCGGCUCUUAUGAUGGAAGAAUUAAACCCCUAUACUAAAAUUAGCCCUGCUCUUGGAUCAGAGAGGCACUCAGUGGGAGCAAUCAUUGGAAUUAUUAUUCUCCUUCUAAUUAUUAUGGUCUUGCUGGCACUCUUUGUGUGGUAUCGACGGAAACAGAAGGAGAAGGGCCAUGACAUGCCAAGUGUAUCUUAUACUCCAGCCAUGAGGAUGACUAAUACAGAUUACUCACUUUCUGAUAUAUCCCAAGGUAGCAGCAGUGUUCAUUGUUUUUCCAAUCCAAGCUACCACACUCUCUCAUGUGGGGUGACUUCACGCUUCUUUCCCAGUAAUCUGGAUGGAAACAGCUCCUGUAAGCUCAGUAACAAAAUCCUUGACAGAGAAACUGCAGACUGGAGACCCUACAGCUAUCUGAAUGAACUAGGUGCUUGUGGGAUGGAUAGACGUCAGAACACAUACAUAAUGGAAAAAAGCUUCAAAGAUUAUAUGAAAGAAUCUGUGUGCAGCUCCAGCACUUGUUCCCUGAACAGCAGUGAAAACCCAUACGCCACCAUUAAAGACCCCCCCAUUUUAACCUGCAAACACUCCGAGAGCAGCUACGUGGAAAUGAAAUCACCUGGUCACAGGGAGUCCCCGUAUUCCGAAAUGCCAACUUCAUCAACAGCCAAUAAAAACAUCUAUGAAGUUGAGCCCACUGUCAGCAUAGUCCAGGAUGCCCGCAGUCGGAGUGCCAGUUACCUUCAGAACCCAUAUGACCUGCCUAGGAACAGUCACAUUCCUGGUCACUACGACCUGCUCCCCGUCCGGCACAGCCCCACGCACGGGCCUUCUUGGGACAAGCAGUCUUAG